GCGCAUCGUCGGACGUGCAUCGUGUCGGUCGUGUUGUGCUCAUGAGUGAGCAGUCGAGACAUGUGAUUCGAGUCCGUCAUAAUCGCGAAAAAGAAUGAAGUAGAAAAUGAUAAGGAGAUAUCUCACAGUCGUAGACGGCCUAAAGUGGUAAGGAUCGAUUGUUGCGCGCGACAUAUCGAUCCGGAGAGAUCCCUGAAUUCGGAGGAGAUAAGAAGUUAAAAAGAACGUGUGGGUUCUCUUCGGAACGAGAUAAGAUCGAUCGUUAUAACACUGGAUCUAUGACAUCCCUACCUGGAUAUCCUGUAGAAAUUUUUUCCGAAUUGAUAUUUUUUCCGGUAAUUGAAUUCCACGAAUGGAAGGUUUGCGACAUUCGAAAAGACAUUCCGGAAAUCAAACACGGCGAGACAUUUCCUGCGAAGAACAUCAAGUCGGAAAGAAAUCGUGCAAAAACUUUUACGAACGUUCGUGUUUAAGUGUGGAAAACUUACGGUAAAAAAGUGCCUGAUAAAAUCGAGUAAUACGAAUCAAUAUAAUUUGUGCUUCAUUAUAAGUGAAAUAUAAGAACUUUACAAAGUCAUAGCAAGAUUUGAUAUUAAUCCACGAAGAAGGACACAAUUACCGAGAAAAUUUGUAAAAGAUAAUUAAUAUAAGACAAAAGAUCCGAGUGAGGGGGUGAUUAGGUUUAAGGAAGGGAGGGAUAAUAGUGGCUGUGGUAACUUGAAAGAAUGGCGGAAAACUCUUUUCGCCGGAAAACCAGAUCGGCUUCGAUUUGUGCUCCAGGAUUUUCCAGCAUGGAACAAAUGUUGGAAGCUAUGCCACCCUCGGGAGCUCGUGAAAGAGAAAGAGGAGAACGAGAAAGAGACAGUGGAAGCGGAACUCCGGAUGGCAGUACACCUACGAGAAGACGGAGACCGGCUACAAGAUCCCAGAGCGCCCGUGUUUCCGGUGGAAAUAAAAGCAUCCGACGCCGAGCCGCUGCUCAAGCGGCCGCUCAUCAUCAUCAUCAUCAUCAUGAGGGAGCCAGUAUGAAGUCAGCUCAUUGCAGCAGCGAACCCAGACUGACCGAGAAUGACGUCAGUCCGGGGAUCAGAAGACGAGGGAGUCGAAGGGGACAAAGCAUGCACUAUUCGCAUCAGAGGAAGAGCAACGCCUUCCUGGAUGUGCCUGACGUCUCAUCUCAGAUGCCACCACGGGAGGAAGGCGAGGAUGAGGAUAGUUACAGACUUCGUAGCUUCAGUCUCACCAGCAAAGGUGUUGUCAAUAGAGGAGAUUCUUUCAGAAGAAGAAGAUCGAGAUCGAAUUCUUUAGCGCCUGCCGAUCAACAAAAUGAGGAACGGCGACUGCCGCCCAAGGAAGUAGCUUCGCACAACGUUGCUAUGUUAGGUACAAGAGGAGUUGGAAAAACCGCCCUAAUCAGUCAGUUUAUGACCAGCGAGUGUAUAAAUGCCUACGAUAGACAAAGAGAUGUGCCAAGUGAGCAAUCCGUUUUCGUGAUGCUGAAUGGUGAAGAAAGCGAGCUUAAAUUCUUAAACAUCAUUAAUCUUAAAAUCGAAUUGGAAAAAAUGCCAUUGCCAGACGCCUUUGUCGUAAUGUAUUCAGUAAUCGACAAGGCAUCCUUUCAAAGGGCUGAAGAAUAUCUCGCUCGACUUCAUGAUCAAGAUCUUCUUCGUGGUAAACCGGCUAUUCUGGUCGGGAACAAGGUCGAUUUGGUUCGUUCCAGAGUGGUUUCGCCCCAGGAUGGGAAAUGCUUGGCAUGUACCUACCGUGCGAAGUUCAUCGAAGUAUCAGUGGGCAUCAAUCACAACGUCGACGAGCUCCUUGUUGGAAUACUCAACCAGAUCCGUUUAAAGGUGAUCCAGAGUAACCAAGAGAAUCGAAACAGCGGUGGCAGUGAGGGUAGUGCUCAUUGGUACAAAUCUAGAGGCGUCGUGCGCGCUAGUAUGAAAGCCAGACAGAUGCUAACUUGGCUUUUCGGCAAAGAAGAUAGCAAAUUUAAGAAUUGCGAGAACCUCCACGUACUUUAAAGUCACUGCAAAAAAGAUCGCAAUCAAGCUACUCGACUACUGUUUUAUUAGUCACGUAAGUAUGGCAUGAUUUGAGAAACUUCUUUCUCGACAGGAACUUUAUUAGAAUUCCAGAAUUGAAGGAAUUUCCGUCGGGAAAGGAUCGUGAGAAUGUGAGAAUGUGCUGAAUGGAUGCAUCUUCGAGUCAACAAUAUGUAUGUACCUUAAUGUUUAGAAUUGAACGUCAAGUCUUCGCUACUGAUAAUGUUUGUGAGAGUAUUUUGUAAUCCUAGAACGGGCGAGUUGGUCCGUGGACCAAUGGAUACUAUUAGCAUCGGGUUAACAAAGUGCCAAUUAGUGAAAAUUGACGCGCACUGAGUUUGGGGAGAAAAUCCUUCGAUUCCAUACUCGUUUAACUAGAAUUACCUUCUGAGAAAUGUGAGUAAUUAAUCCUUUCAGUCCCAGAUGUGACUGAGCGUUACUUCUCAGUAAUUUUCACGACACAAACUUCGUCCUCCUUGUUCUUUGAAAGAUUAAGUAUUAUCUAUUAAAUUACAUUCAAGUCUUUAUUCAAGCAUUGCUGGAUAUUUAGACUAUUUCGUGUCAAUUUAUAUGCAGUCUUAUUUUGACAAUAAUUUGAGAUUAAUGAAAUUAAUAUUCUGACAAAUUUUGUUACAUUUAUCGUUGCUUAUUUUGUACUGAUCGAACAUUUUUCAUUAAUAUUCUACUUGUUAAAGAAAAAUAAAAUGGGCAUUUACAUAUAUAUCGCGCAUUUCAGCUUUAUGUAAUUACAAAUGAUGUUGAAUCUAAUGGCCCAUAAUAGCGCAAUCAAAAGUUCAAAUCAAUUCGUGUGACGAUAAGAAAAGAAUUUAAACCGGACCAUGGUGCGAAUUAGUCGCCUUAAAUUUACGACUUUACUGUAUGAUAAGACCAAUUAUUAAUCUUUUUAUUUAGUACAUGUAUAUACAAAACUUACAUACAUGAUAUAAGCGUAUAUUUGCGUAAUGUUCUAUACAAAUAUACCCAACGUGUAUGUACAACAUCCCUUAAUCCCUCCGUUGACGGAUGUCGAUUUUACCAUACAUAACAGCGUUACAUCGUUGUGUAAACAGAAUAUACCGCCACUAUUCUCGCGUCGCUAAAUUCGCUUGUGCCAUUAAUUUCUCGCGUUCCAAUGGGCUUUCGCAGUCCGGUAUUGUAUAUAUAAAGCCAACUUGGUGCAAUACGCUAAUGUUACUUGACAUUAAAUUGUAUAUAAAAGUCAUGAGGUUACUUUAAUACCUAACAGGUGUUUAUUAUAAUUAGAAAAAAUAUAGUGUAAAGCUGCCUAUAUAUGUUGCUAAAAUGUUUCCUACGCUUAUAUUGAGCGAAUCUAUAUAUAUCGCGCCCAUGCGUGCAUAAUUUUUAUCAUCUAAAUUUCAAAGUAGAUAAUUAAUCGAUGCGUAUUUUAAUUCCAGAUACCUAUGUUAAAAGUUAUUAUACGAUCGCGCAUCAAGUAACUUUUAAUUAGCACUUUGAGGUCUGACUCCGUCAUUUUAUUAAUUGGAUAUUCUAUUAAUUAUUUUGCAAUCUGUUUUAUACGAUUUUAUGUGUGAUACCGAUAUUGAUAUAGUACAUAGUUCAUGCGGCAUUUUGUGUGCAGUAUUCUGCCCCAAUGGAAAUGAAAUCUAUCCUAUUGCGUGUUUUCUUCGUGAGCGUCGCGAGAGAAUGGGUAUAGCGGUGAUGUAUACCCGAAACUAUAGUCUUCUGAAGAGAGAUAUUCUUUUCGAAUCUUUAAGAAGAGUGUCUAUAAAAAGCUGUCUAUUUUCUGCGAUCUCUAUGCCUGUGUAUCCGAAUUAUACGAAUGUUGCGUAAAAUCUGAGUGCGUAAUACUGUACAUCUACAUGACGGGAACAAUGCGCGAAUGACGUGCAACUUUGCCCUUCUCGUGUGAAUAUUUCAUUGUCUCUAAACUAUGUAUACGAGAAAUUAACGUUUCGGAUUACAGUAGUAAAUUACGGACUUCCUUUCUCUCGUUGCAUGAACAUUUUGAAAAGUAUUUAUAAUUUUUGAUGAUCCAAAUAAAACUAAAGAAGUUUCUUUCGGCAUUCUUCGUUAUCGUUGUUACCAUCGUCGUGCAAUUAAUUCGAUCGUAGCAUCAAAUGAGAGUUGUGACGAUAUGUAAACUUUGAGUUUAAGGAUUUAUCCCAAAAUGUUUCUCAGCCGAGGAACUGAAGAUUUUUACCAAGUGCCUUUGCGUAUUUUUGUAAUUUAAGCUAACUCAGUGUAAGCCCCAUGAGUAUCACACUGUAUAAUCUAUUAUUAUACAUAUAUUACUGAUAUAUUUAUUUGUUAUUAAUUCAUCAUGUUUCCUGUGAGAUCGCUGCGUUGUGUAAUCUCGAUGGCGUAACUUUCUUUCCUAAAAAUAUAUGUGAUUUAAUUAAAUAUAAAUAUCAAGUAUCUGAAAACUAAUCAAAAUGCCAAAGUAAUGAGAUACUUCCAUCUAAAGACAUAUUUAAAGUUACGUCACCGAUGAAUCUCCUUGUUCAUUUGUGCCAUUAGCAUUUCCCUAAAACUAUGAAUGUAACUUAGUUAUUAAAGUGUCAUUGUGUCUGCUCGUUGUAAUAUGUGACGUGACAAUACUGCCAGUCCUUGGUUAAUAAAAUGCUGAGAAAAAC